GUAGAUCUCCUCCAACACCUCGGGUGGAGCUGCUCAGUCCCUCCAAGGUGAUGGACAGAUCUCAAAACGUCACAGAGAAGGUCACUCAGGUGCUUUCUUUGGAGUCUGAUGUCCUGCCUGAGUACAAACUCCAGGUCCCAGAGACAACUCGGUGGAUCUUACUUCACUACAGUCCCUUCAAAGCUUUUUGGGACUGGAUUAUCCUCAUUUUGGUGCUCUACACGGCUGUUUUUACCCCUUACUCUGCUGCUUUCCUCCUGGACGAGCAUGGAGACGUGCGUCAGAGAAGAUGUGGCUACACUUGCAAUCCCUUGAAUGUGGCGGACCUCUUGGUGGAUGUGUUAUUUAUUGUGGAUAUUGUCAUCAACUUUCGCACUACAUAUGUGGAUCAGAAUGACGAAGUGGUGACAAAGCCUGUCCGAAUUGCCAAACACUAUAUGAAAGGCUGGUUCCCUAUUGAUCUGUUUGCAGCAAUCCCAUUUGACCUUCUCAUUUUCCGAUCCGGCUCUGAUGAGAUGGCUACCUUAACAAGUCUUCUCAAAACGGCUCGCCUGCUGCGCUUGGUUCGUGUGGCCAGGAAGCUGGACAGAUACUCGGAGUAUGGAGCAGCAGUGCUUUUCCUACUCAUGUGUACCUUUGUGCUCAUUGCCCAUUGGCUGGCUUGUAUUUGGUAUGCCAUUGGUUUUGUGGAGAGGCCGUAUACAGAGACAGGAUGGCUGGACAAUUUGGCUGAACAGCUGGGCAAGGCCUACAAUGACAGUGACUCCCGUUCUGGGCCAUCGGUCAAAGACAAGUAUGUCACAGCGCUGUAUUUCACCCUGAGUAGUUUGACAAGCGUGGGCUUCGGAAAUGUCUCCCCCAACACCAAUUCUGAAAAGAUUUUCUCCAUCUGCGUCAUGGUCAUUGGAUCCCUAAUGUAUGCCAGCAUUUUUGGGAAUGUGUCUGCCAUCAUCCAGCGUUUGUACUCUGGAACGACACGUUACCACACCCAGAUGCUGCGUGUAAAAGAGUUUAUUCGGUUUCACCAAAUCCCUGGAGGCCUGCGGCAAAGGCUGGAGGAAUACUUCCAACAUGCAUGGUCCUACACCAAUGGCAUUGACAUGAACGCAGUGCUGAAAGGCUUUCCUGAGUCUUUGCAGGCUGACAUCUGCUUGCACCUGAACCGGUCUCUUCUGCAGAACUGUAAAGCUUUUCGCGGAGGCAGUCAGGCCUGUCUGCGAGCUCUGGCAAUCAGAUUCAAAACAGUGCACGCCCCCCCAGGAGACACUCUCAUUCAUUACGGGGACAUUCUGGACUCUCUGUUCUUCGUCGCACGAGGAUCCAUCCAGGUCAUCAGAGACGAUGUGGUUGCUGCCAUAUUAGAAAGGAAUGACAUCUUUGGUGAGCUCAUUUACCUGUAUGAUGAGCCAGGGAAAUCCAACGCUGAUGUGCUCACAGUGUCCUACUGCGACCUGCACCGCAUCCUCAGAGACGACCUGCUGGAGGUGCUGGACAUGUACCCAGGGUUUGCAGACAACUUCUGGAGGAAUCUGGAGAUAACCUUUGAUUUAAGAGAUGCGGAUCAAAUUCCACCAAUAAUAACAGAUGAUUCUGGGGAUGACUGUGGAUAUCAUCACAAAGCAAAGCACAAAAUACACUCUUUAGACUGUCGCAUAAGGCCAGACGGUAUUGAUCACGAGGACUCCUACCAACGACAGUCUUUCCAUCACCAUCACUCUUCCCCUCAGAGCCACUGGGAGGACCGCUGCAGCUGUGGAUCGCCGUGUUCUCAGUCCAGUGAAGAGCUGCCCAAACCCCCUGCGCAUGGCCCCAAAGUAGAGCUGUACACCCCAGAUGACUCUCGACUGGACUUCUCCCCAUCAGUGGGCAGGGAGGCGGGACUAGAUAGAGGACACCAAGGGAUGUAUCAGAUCUGGCCAGAGCAUCAGUCACAGCAGUUCUCCAGUCGUCAGUGGAGGUCCUCCUCUGUUCGUCACACAUACCACCCCCCACCUUUCACAGAAGAACGGCCCAGUGAACUGGAGUCUCGCCUUGAGGUGCUACAUUCUCAACUCAACAGACUGGAGACAAGAAUGACGGCGGAUAUUAACGUGAUUCUGCAGCUGUUGCAGAGGCAGAUAGCCCCUGUGCCUCCAGCCUAUAGCACAGUGUCAUCCAGCACCAUACCGACUGACUCCACCGGCCUUUACGGCACUGGGACUCCAGUAUUGCACUCCAUCUACCCCAUCUCCCCCAUACAGCUCAGCAGCAGGAUACCUACUGAGAGUUCAACACAGACUGAUCUUAAAUUUACAAAGAAGUCCCAGGAGUCUUUUUCCAGUGGGAUUCACGUGACGUCAGAUGACACCAUGUCCGUGAUGGCCACCCCUGAAACAGAGACCCAUAGAGCACUGGCCUCACAGCUACCUGAGUCCUCAGGUGUGUCCUCUCUUUUGGACAAUCCCAGGCUGAGUGACAGUUUGCGCUACCCAUCACUACCUGGAAACCUGGACCUCACCUCUGGACUGAGCGAUAUGCAGAAGCACCUCUCAGACCCAGUGCUACCCGUCACCUGACAUCUGCUGCCACUGUCACAUCUGUAGUGGAAUAAACUGCUGCUAGCACACCUGAUGGUGGGACAAGCUCUUUGGAUCCACUAUUGGACAUGACCAAGUUGUCCUUGCUUGUACAAGACCAGAGACUGUGUGAUUUGAACUUUGAACUUUUAUUCCUAAUAUAC